UGCAAGGAAAGGGACCAUUAAUGGCUUCAAUACUACUUUCACUUUUUCUCAUAUCCUUGCAUUUGUGGCUGUGCUCUGCCCAAUGCUCACCUCCCAACUACACCAGGAAUGACUUCCCUUCAGACUUUGCCUUUGGAGCAGGAACAUCAGCUUAUCAGGUUGAAGGAGCAGCAGCUGAAGAUGGAAGGAGCCCAAGCAUUUGGGACACUCAUACUCAUGCAGGGAAGAUGGCAGACAAGAGUACUGGAGAUAUUGCUUCAGAUCAAUACCAUAAAUAUAAGGAAGAUGUGAAGCUUAUGAGUGAUCUUGGAUUGGAAGUGUAUAAGUUCUCCAUCUCCUGGUCAAGACUUAUCCCAAAUGGUAGAGGUGAAAUUAAUCCGAAAGGACUGGAAUACUAUAACAAUCUUAUCAAUGAACUUCUUGGAAAAGGAAUUCAGCCACAUGUUACUCUAUAUCAUCUGGAUCUUCCUCAAGCGCUGGAAGAUGAAUACAAUGGCUGGUUGAGCCCCAGAAUAAUGGAUGAUUUCACAGCAUAUGCGGAUGUGUGCUUCAGAGAAUUUGGAGAUAGAGUAUCUCAUUGGACAACCAUGGCUGAAGUUAACAUCAUGUCAUUAGGAUCAUAUGAUAAUGGAGAUUUUCCACCUUCGAGAUGUUCAUAUCCAUUUGGAGUCACCAACUGCACUGCAGGAAAUUCCAGCACUGAGCCAUACAUUGCCACUCACAAUGCAUUGCUUACUCAUGCUUCAAUUUUUCAUUUAUACAAAACAAAAUACCAGUUUUCAUGGCAUUUUAGGAUUUUGGAUCCAUUGGUGUUUGGGGACUAUCCAAAGACAAUGAAGAAAAUAGUGGGAUCAAGGCUACCAGUUUUCACCAAAUCUCAAUCAGAGUAUUUGAAAGGAUCAUUUGAUUUCAUUGGUUUGAAUCACUAUACUUCACUCUUUGUUGUUGAUAAUUCUGCUGAGGCCCUCGCAAUGCCCAUUAGAGACUACAAUGCUGACAUGCUUGCUACACUCAUAGUGUGGAAGAAUGAAACACCAAGCGACAAGUACAUUCCAUCAUCAACUCCAUAUCGUCCAUAUGGGCUGAGAAAACUGCUGGAAUAUUUCAAGCAAAAAUACAAAAACCCUCCCAUUUAUAUUCAAGAAAAUGGUUGUGGACUUGGCAUGGAAGACACAAUGAAUGACACUUACAGGAUUGAUUAUUUGAAUGGUUACAUUGGAAGCACCUUGGAAGCUAUCAGGAAUGGAGCAAAUGUGAGAGGAUAUUUUGUGUGGUCAUUUAUUGAUGUUUUUGAGUUCUUAACUGGAUAUCAAUCAAGAUUUGGAUUCUAUUUUGUGGAUUUUGAUGAGAAGGAGCUCAAAAGAAUUCCUAAAUUAUCAGCACAUUGGUACUCAAACUUCCUCAAAGGAAAAAACAUCAAGGAAUUUCAAGGAGCUCAUAGUGUUGUUCUUGAUCUUGAUUCAAACUUCCAAUUAUAUGCAACCUGGCAUGAUGAAAGACUAAGCAAGAGCCCGGGGAAGCGGAGGAUCCCUGGCAAAAACAUGAACCUAAUGAAGGAUAUUGAGAAAGUCGAUAAUGUAGAAUUAUUGUUACUUAUUAAAGAUAAUUACCUUAAAAUUAAAAAUUGAUUCCAUCACUUUUUUCUUUGUAGUAAUUUUAUAUCUAGUGUAUUUUUUGUGUAAUCAUGUAAAUAUAAAUAUAGGAUGUAUCUUAUAUU